AUGAGGAACACACAAGAGGGCCAUUCCAUAGCUAUGGAUAAUGCACCCAUUCAUGUGCACGAGAACAUAGAGAGUACAUUAGGGAUAUUAAGGUGUGUAUUCUCUCCUACUUAUUGCUAUGAGUUUGAUUCAAUAGAGCAAACUUGGAUAUUUUCAAAGGUCAAGCGUCAUAAGUUUAUUAAAGAAAAAGUUAUUUCAAAGCAUUUGUUUCGCAUUCUUACAAGUGUUAUAAUAGAAUAA